AUGAGGCCAUGCAAGUUCAAUCUUCUCUCUUUCCUCAUUCUUCUUGUCACAUUCCUUUUUGCUUUCGUCCACUGUGAAGACCCUUAUCGGUACUUCACUUGGAAGGUCACUUAUGGAGACAUCUACCCUCUUGGUGUUAAGCAACAGGGGAUCUUGAUUAAUGGCCAGUUUCCGGGGCCCCAAAUAGACGCUGUUACAAAUGACAAUUUGAUUAUCAAUGUCUACAACUACCUCAGAGAGCCAUUUCUCAUUUCUUGGAAUGGCUUACAGCACAGGAGGAAUUCUUGGCAGGAUGGAGUGUCUGGCACAAACUGUCCAAUUCCACCCGGGAGGAACCUCACAUAUGCUAUCCAGGUAAAAGAUCAGAUUGGUAGUUAUUUCUACUUCCCAUCUCUUGGAAUGCACAAAGCUGCUGGAGCAUUUGGUGGCAUCAGAAUUUGGAGCCGCCCUCUCAUUCCUGUCCCUUUUCCUCCUCCUGCUGGAGACUUCACCAUACUUGCUGGAGAUUGGUUCAAGCUAGACCACCGAAGACUGAGACGAGUCCUAGAAAAUGGUCAUAAUCUUCCCUUCCCUGAUGGCCUUCUUAUCAAUGGACGUGGUUGGAAUGGAAACACAUUCACUGUUGAUCAAGGUAAAACUUAUAGAUUCAGGAUAUCAAAUGUGGGGCUCACAACAUCAAUUAACUUCAGAAUUCAGGGGCACACUCUGAAACUCGUGGAGGUAGAAGGAUCUCAUACCCUCCAAAACACAUAUUCUUCCCUUGACAUCCAUCUCGGACAGUCCUAUUCCGUGCUGGUCACAGCUGAUCAACCUGUCAAGGAUUACUACAUAGUUGUCUCUACCAGAUUUACCAGACAGAUACUCACAACAACUGCCAUUCUUCAUUACAGCUAUUCACGCAUAGGGGUAUCUGGUCCUGUUCCUCCAGGGCCUACCCUUGAUAUCACAUCAUCUGUCUACCAGGCCAGAACUAUCCGGUGGAACCUGACAGCAAGUGGACCAAGACCAAAUCCUCAGGGAUCUUACCACUAUGGAUUGAUCCAACCAAGCCGAACCAUCAUGCUCGCAAACUCCGCCCCUUACAUCAAUGGCAAGCAGAGGUACGCCGUAAACGGUGUCUCAUACGUUGCACCAGAUACCCCAUUGAAACUAGCCGACUACUUCAACAUCCAAGGAGUUUUCUACGUUGGAAGCAUUCCUACCUAUCCUAGCAGUGGCAAUAAUGCCUACCUACAAACCUCUGUCAUGGGGGCCAAUUUCCACGAAUUCGUGGAGAUUGUGUUCCAAAAUUGGGAGGACUCUGUGCAAUCAUGGCACAUUGAUGGCUAUUCCUUCUUUGUUGUAGGGUUUGGUAGCGGACAGUGGACACAAGACAGUAGAGUACACUACAAUCUGAGAGACACAGUUGCUAGAUGCACCGUUCAGGUGUAUCCAAGGUCAUGGACUGCAAUCUACAUGGCGCUAGACAACGUGGGAAUGUGGAACAUAAGGUCUGAGAAUUGGGCAAGGCAAUACUUGGGACAACAAUUUUAUCUGAGGGUGUAUACACCUUCCAAGUCAUGGAGAGACGAAUAUCCUGUCCCCAAGAAUGCAUUUCUUUGUGGGAGGGCAAGUGGCCGUCGCACAAGGCCUUUCUAG